AUCAAACGAAUCGACGACGUCGUCGUGCAUCGUAUAUGCUCCGGCCAAGUCGUCCUCAGCCUCGCGAGCUGCGUCAAGGAGCUCGUCGAAAACGCGCUGGACGCCGGCGCGACGAACGUGGAGAUUCGACUGAAAGACCACGGCGCGGACGUCGUCGAAGUGUCCGAUAACGGCUCGGGCGUGCCCAAGGCGUCGUUCGAGGCGCUGACGACCAAGUACGCGACGAGCAAGUUGAAGGCGUUCGAAGACUUGGAGACGCUGCGAACGUUUGGAUUUCGCGGCGAGGCGCUGUCGAGUUUAUGUGGGAUAUCGGGGGAGUUUAGCGUCACCACGCGGACGGCAGACGAUGCGAGUGGGACGAAAAUCGUGUACGACGCGAAGGGGGCGAUCGUGAGCGAGAGUGUGGUGCCGAGAUCAGUGGGGACGACGGCGACGGUGUGUCGGUUGUUCGAGCCGCUCGCGGUGCGGAGGAAGGAAUUUUUGAGAAACGUGAAGCGCGAGUACGGGAGAGCGUUGCACGUCGUGCAGGCGUAUGCGUUGAUGUCGAAGUCAGUGAGGAUAUUGUGCACGCAUCAGAGCGGAAAGUACGGACGGACGAAUGUGUUGCACACGCGCGGGGGCGAGGAAGCGUCAGUGCGGGAAAACGUCGUGACUGUGUUCGGCGCGAAGAUGGUCGCGGCGAUGCAAGAAAUCGACUUUGAUUUGAGUGAUGCCGAUGGUGAUGGGUCGUCAUCGUUGACGUGUCGCAUCGUUGGGUACGUCUCCAAGGCGCAAAAUGGAUGUGGUCGCGCGGGCACGGAUAGGCAAUUUUAUUACGUCAACGGCAGACCGGUGGAUUUACCGCGUGUGGCCAAGGUUCUUAACGAGACUUACCGUUCGUUUAACCCCAACCAAGCGCCCAUGGCGGUGUUAGACGUUCAACUCCCCACGGACUCGUAUGACGUGAAUGUGACGCCAGACAAGCGCAAAGUGAUGCUACACCAAGAGCAAGAAUUGCUAACCAAGAUGAAGGAAAAGCUCACGGAGGCAUUCGCGCCGAGUCGAUACACGUACGCCGUAUCGCAGGCGCCACUAAGUAACACGAAGAAACGUCCCUCACUUUCGACAUCGUUUGAAGGCGAUGACGGUGACGACGUUAUGGAGGAUGAGCACGACGACGAAGAGUUGACGCCAACCGAGUGCAUGGACGAAGAAACAUUUGAAACACUCUUGCUCACGGCAAAGGAGCCUGCCGCGAACGAUACUCGUGGAAGAGGAAAGAAGCGUGACGCGAGCUCUGCGCAGAAGGGUUUACAAAAUUUCGGCUUCACGCGCGAAACCACGGCGGUGGCAAUCGGUGGCGGUUGGACGAUGGCCACGGCGGACGGCGCAGGCGGCGAGACCGAGAUGCGCGAUGCUCCGGCGAUUGUCGCGUUCGAGGAAGACGUCGUAAAGAAACCAAAGGUUGGGGACAGUCAAUCCGACGACACGCGAACGAAAGAACCCGAUACCGAGGACGAACGCGCCAACGUGGGACACGAGCAAGUGACGUUUGACGACGUCGUGGUCGCCGCAGUGGUGGAAGAACCUCGAGGACCAGAUUCAACGCGCGAAGACUCCAGUGGCGGCGCUUUGGCGUUUUCGAUGGAGACGAUGCGUGCGCGAAGGCGAAACGUGCGCAGCGAGGUCGUCACGACGGUGGACGAAGCGUCCAAAUCGAAGUCGGAAAUCGCGUUCGCCGCCGCGCGAAUUCCCGCCGUGGAUGGCGAAACGGAACCGUCUCACGCGACGCACGCGGCGGCGGCGAGCGAACUUGAGCGCGUGUUCAACAAAGCCGAUUUCGCCAAAAUGCGAAUCGUGGGCCAGUUCAAUCUUGGUUUCAUCCUCGCCGUGCUCGGCGACGACUUGUUCAUCGUCGACCAGCACGCGAGCGACGAGAUUUACAACUUUGAGCGCUUGCAACGCACAUCGACACUGACGCGGCAGCCGCUCAUACACCCGGUUCCGCUCGACUUGACCGCGAGCGAGGAACAGACGGUGUUGCAAAACAUGCCCGUAUUCUUGCAAAAUGGCUUUGGGUUUUGCGACGUCGCCGAGACCGUUCCCGGCGCGGACAUGAACAACUCCUCCAUCGAUCCCACGGCGAGAUGCGGCGCGCUGCGACUGAACGCGGUUCCAUUUCUCAAGAACGUCGCGUUCGACAAGUCCGACGUCCAAGAGCUCGUGUCCAUGCUCGACCAAGGCCAACAUUCUCUUCCCUCCAAGAGCCAACUCUCCAUCGGCCUCGCGCGAGAGGACGCCGCCGCCGCGCGGUCGCGACGGGACGCCUCACCGCGCGUGCUCCGCCCCUCCAAAACCCGCGCCGCGCUCGCCAUGAAGGCCUGUCGCUCGUCCAUCAUGAUCGGCGACGCCCUGGACGCGCGUUCGAUGCGCCGAGUCUUGCGCAACCUCGGCGCGCUCGACGCGCCGUGGAACUGCCCGCACGGCCGCCCGACGAUGCGCCACGUC